AUGGAGAACGUGACCACUAACUCUCCUUCUGCGUUCGAGGUAGAACAUGAGCAAACACAUUCACCCUCCUCUCCUUCGAAUGAAGCAGGAGGAUGGAGAUCAGUCAAAUAUAUAAUCGGUAAUGAGUCGUUUGAGAAAUUGGCAUCAAUGAGUUUGAUAUCGAAUAUGACAGUGUACCUGCUCACGAAUUACAACCUGAGUGGUAUAUUCGUGGUUAAUGUGGUACAAAUUUGGAAUGGAUCCUCCAACGUUGCUUCAAUAGCCGGCGCAUUCAUUUCUGAUACUUAUCUCGGCAGGUUCCGGACCCUCCUCUGUGGCUCUAUUGCAUCUUUUCUGGGUAUAUUGACCAUUACCCUAACAGCAGGUGUACAUCAAUUGAGACCCCCAACCUGCAAGGAGCCACCCCAUUGCCAAAGGCCACAAGGUUGGCAGCUAGGAGUUCUCUUUGCAGGUCUUGGACUGUUAUCCAUAGGCGCUGGUGGCAUCAGGCCCUGCAACAUUGCAUUUGGUGCUGAUCAAUUUGACACCAAGACAGAAAAGGGCAGGCUACAAUUGGAGAGCUUCUUCAAUUGGUGGUACUUCACUUUCACCAUUGCACUCAUUGUAGCACUCACUGGGGUUGUGUAUAUCCAAACUAAUAUCAGCUGGAUUUUGGGCUUUGCAAUUCCAACAGUUUGUCUUGCUUUCUCUAUAACCAUCUUCUGGCUUGGUCGCCACACUUACAUUUGCAAGAUACCUCAAGGGAGCAUCUUCUCAGAUAUGGCCAAGGUGAUUACAGCAGCAUGUAGAAAACGCAAGCUACAAGCUUAUGAUGGGAGAACCUUUUAUGAUUCUGCUCCAGUGUUGGGUGAAUCAGACUUGGACAAUAAAAGGCUUUCUCCCACAGAUAGGUUCAAAUUCUUUGACAAGGCUGCUAUAAUUGCUGCUCCAAGUGAAUUGAACAACCAAGGCAUGCCAAGGAAUGGUUGGAGGCUUUGUAGUGUGCAAAAAGUGGAACAUUUCAAAUGCUUGUUGGGAAUUCUUCCUGUAUGGGUAACAGGAAUUUGCUGUUUCAUUGUAAUGGACCAGCAGAACACUUUUGGGGUACUUCAGGUGAUACAAACCAACAGGUCCCUAGGACCCCACUUUAAAGUCCCACCUGGGUGGAUGAACUUGGCAUCAAUGUUAGCACUUUCAUUUUGGAUAUACAUUUAUGAGUGCAUCUACGUUCCUCUCACAAGAAAAAUCACUAAAAAGGCUAGAAGAUUGACAAUGGGACAAAGAAUCAGAAUUGGGAUUUUGUUAUCCAUUCUAUGCAUGUUGGUAGCAGCAGCUGUUGAGAAGAAGCGACGUGACUCAGCUUUAAGACUAGGUUCGUUUAUUUCACCCACAAGCUUUGCGUUGUUGUUGCCACAGUUUGCAUUAUCAGGUCUAAAUGAAGCAUUUGCUGCUGUUGCUAUAAUGGAAUUCUUUACCAUGCAAAUGCCAGAGAGCAUGAGGACUGUUGCUGGGGCAGUCUUCUUUCUGAGCUUGUCCAUUGCAAACUAUAUAGGUUCCAUUCUUGUGAGUAUCAUCCACAAAGUAACAUCACACAGAGGAAGAACACCCUGGCUAGGUGGUCAUGAUUUAAACAAGAAUAGGCUUGACUACUACUAUUUCGUUAUUGCUGCUCUGGGAGCUUUGAAUUUUGUGUACUUUAAUUUCUUUGCUAGCAGUUAUUUGAUAAGAAGCAAGGGCACUGGAACAACGGAAGUGCAGCCAGAGAAUUCAAUUGAAGGCCGGAGGGGAGAAUCAAUUGACGCAAAUGAUGAAGACAAACGUGUUAGAAAUAUAAUAUAA